AUGCGUUGGUCACAAACAAUGAACGCAAACGCACUGCGGGCAUACUUUAGGGCAAAAGGGGAAGAAACCGGAUUUUUGGCAUAUUGGGCUCGGAUGCAUCGCUUUUUUGCAGAGCUGGAGCCAUCUCUAUCCGUCACUGAGCAAAACCUGGCAGACCGAGUUCGGUACAUCCUGCGCUCCAACAUAUUUGGUGACGUCGAACUCGAACGACUACCACGUGAGGCUGUUCCCUCAUCGGAUGGAAAUGCUACGGCUGGGAAUGCGGCGCCACUAAUUGCGCAGCAAACUGCAAAUGUGGACGCUGCCGUCAAUAUUCCAUUUGUGGUUGAUUCAGACGAUGAUGGAACUAGAGAAAAUGAGGAGCAUAUUGGAAGAGUCGAUGCUGGAAACGCGCAGCAUGCCUCUCGAAAAUCGACCGCGACUUCCCCCGCAUACCCCUUAGCAAGCGAAAUCGGGCUGUCGUGCGGGCUCUUAACCCAAUGCUGGUGA